CUAGGCUGUGGCCCGGCUUCCGGAGAUGAAAUGAUGUGAUGCCUGGGAUUUGCUUCAAAGAAGGUGGGAGUCAAUCAUUUUGACAAGUCUCCCGAAAGGAACAGCUAGCAGGAGCUGAACCCUUUUUCCAUUUGGUCUCGUGGCAAAGGCAGAGAUCACACCAGCAGUUCCAUACAAUAUGAUGUGCUCACUAGUGCCCUCUGAACAGUCUUCUGGUACCUCUCUCUUGCCUAAAGACAAUGCUCCUUUUUCUUGGAGUUCCUUGGAUGAGGAUGAAUUGGAUGACUCCUUGCUGGAGCUAUCUGAUGGAGAAGAUGAUGGCCAUUUCAGUUUCACAGAGGAACAGAUUCAGGAACUCUUGAAGGAUGAUGACCUAUCAAAUGAGCACUUUCCUUGGGGAGGAGGGUUGCCUAAUGAUGACAGCAGGAAUGUUGAGAAGGGAGAGAAGGGGAGUCAAAUUCCACUUGACACUCCCCAAGAGAAAGAUUCACCAUACAACAUGGGACCAGAAGCUGAGACCCCUGACACAUUCAAACUACCUCAACUAACUACAUCAGUUGGUCAUGGACCAACUCCUACUAAACCAUUGAACAGACGCUUUGCACUAGAAAAGAAUCUUAUAAAAGUUACAGUUGCACCAUUUGAUCCAACAGUUUGUGAUGUUGUACUUGAUAAGGACAAGACUUAUGUGUCCAAAGUUACAUCCAGAGUUACUGAAAAACCCUCCUCCCUUGGGGAAGAGAUGAGAGAAGAUGAUCUUAGCCCAAAUGAGAGCACACUUUGCACAGAAUCUGAAGGGAUCAGCCCCAAUAACUCUGCCUAUGAUGGGCCCCCACUCCCUUCUUCAAACAAUAAUUUUCAACAUACUGUCUCUGAUAAAAAUAUAUCCAACAGUAAGAAACCUACGCCUGUAUUCUCUCAGAUCUUGGACCAUUCAGAGACUUCUAAUACAGGGUCAUCCUGGAGAAAUGGAUCAUAUAAAUCAAGUUUUGAAAUGAAGUUACCAGUUUCCAGUUCAUCAAGCAAACAGGAUGUUCUUGACAAGGAUUCUGGGAAGCUAAAGGUCCAUGAAAAAAGACUAGGCAAAGUCAUUCCUGUUCUGCAAACCAAAACAAGGACUAAUGUUCCGACAUUUUCACCGUCAGACCUGGAAAAGCAGAAGCAAAGUUAUCUCAGGAAUGUCAUUGCUCAUAUAGAAGACCCAGUGGAUUCAAACCAAGGUACCUUGGGGGAGCUGUGUGCCUUGAUGGAUCAAGUUCAUCACAUGCACAACCAGAAAUGGCAGCAUCCUUCAGACCUCACCAGGCGAAACUACGCCCGGUUCCGACAGAGAAAUCUGCAAAGAUACAGUCUGACCCAGUGGGUUGACCAGAAUAAGCGAAGCCACCAUCGGUUCCAGCGUCUACCAGAUUUCCCAUACGGUCCACUUGUCUCCUCCCAUCAGCAGUGAAGGACCCUAUCCAGGGUCCUGUCCAGAGCAGCAUCUCAUCUUCUGCUGUUCCAUGCAUUGUAGAUUUCGAAUUUUAUUUUUCACAAUAUUUUUAUUUAAAGAACUCGUCACCUUUUGGAAAUGCAUAUUGCUGACUUGAAAUUUUUUGUAUAGGGUCCUUCGUUUCUGUGUGUGUGUAUGCAUUUAAGCAGUGUUGAGUUGACAUAGUUUUAAUUUUUUAAUUUAAAUUAAAGGUGGCUGCCUCCUGAAAGCCAGCAUUAAGUCAGAAUAUCCCGGCUCAAGCAAAGAGCCACCUCUCUGCAGAGGUGAAGUCUACUUCUGGUGCCCAAAAGAAAUCAUUCUUUAAUCUCUUGAAGGAAGAGAUUCUUUAUCAGGCUGCAAACCAGUUUUAAUUAUUGCUGAUGACUUAUAAAUGGAUACAAGUCACUUUUAACAACCCUUCUUACUUUUUUUAUGUGAAUCUCUGAAUACCCGUCAGUAUUUUAAAGUUAGUAAUUCAGGACAUCUGAAGUAGUUGAAAGGACAAAUUAAAAGUGUAAAUCUUCUCUUCUUUUUGUACCUACUAGCUGCCUUUAUUUUUUUGGCUUUUUUUUUUCCCCAUUCUUCAUUAAAUUUAUUUUGCACAGUAGUGUUUACAAGUCUUACAUAUCUUAACUCUUAACAGAAGACUGGUGACUAACAAACCUCUGUUGAUUUGUGGUCUUGUGACUGAUUGCCUUCUCUCUCUUUCUUCAAGGAUUUUCGUUCCUUCCUUGUUUCCCCAGUGAUCUUAGGGCUCUACUGGCAUAUUCCUGUAUGCUUUUGGACAUAGAGAUGCCGCUUAAGAACAGCCUCAUUGCACUCUUUACUGAAGAGCUGCCCACCGAGAGUCUUGACUCUAGGACAGGCCAGAAGGCAGUGCUAUUGAGAGGUGUGAGUUGGUCUUCAGUCUCAUCUGCUGAACCCAGCUUUGAGUAUGAGUUGGCGAGUUAGUUAGUGAGCCUCCAUCCUAUAGAAGAGACUUUUGAGAAGCUGUCCUUUGUCUCCAUUAUUAGUUAAUAAGAGGUGCCUUUUGAUCCAGAUGUUUCCACCUCCUCACUUGGUCAGAGGAUGUACAGUUUU